AUGAUGGCCUCCAACCUUCUCUCCAGGAUUCUGCCUUCGGCAACUGAUCAGCCGUUCGAACCCGAGCCCUCGAAUCCUCAGCCGCGCAGAAGCUCGACUUCGACGGAUGGACAGCGCGACAUGGACAUAGAUGAGGAGAACUUUGGGGCCUAUUUCGAGCCACAGGACUUGGAACAUCUGCUUGAGGAGGCGUCUGCAAGUCAGAUAACGGCUGAUAGCCGAGCUGUGUCGCCUGAAACAAGACGGCCGCUGAACGCCCCUCCAGGCAUCAACACGGCAAAUCGGGCUGCUGGGUGGAAACAACCUCCCCCGGCGCCAGUAGACGAUGACGAUGACGUUCCACAGUCACUACUCCUCGAAGGAGGUCCCUUAUCGCCCCAGGUAGCACGACGCUCAGACGGCCUCCCUCCCCCCGUGCCCGGACCCGCGACACGACAGACACGAGCGCAGUGGGACACCACGCAAAGACAGCAGCGGCUGCACGACGAAAUGGCUGGGCCACCAGCCAGCACGUGGGGCAGAACAGGGCAGUUCAAUGUCAGUCCCAAAGACAGGGCGUUAUGGCUGUGGGUCAACCAGACCGACUUGGAUGCGUACAUGAAGGAUGUCUACGAGUACUACCGCGGUCACGGCAUCUAUUCGAUGCUUUUGAAACGGUUCUUGACUCUUCUGCAGUCUGCAUUUGUGGUGGGCUUCAUGACUUUCCUCGGGUGGUGCAUCGACUACUCUGUGCUUUCCCAAAGCCACAUGAUGAGCGAAGUGCUUGUUCCAAAAUGUACGUCCAGGAUACACGGCUUCUGGAUCUUUGCCCUUUGGGUCUUCUCUAGCUACUGGAUUUACUCUUUCUACACCAUGAUCACAGAUGUACCGAGGCUGAGGGCUAUGCACGACUUUUACCACCAUCUCCUCGACAUCCCAGACCGUGAUAUCCAGACAGUGGAGUGGCAGCAAGUUGUUAGCCGCGUCAUGGCUUUGCGUGACUUGAACCUCACAACCGCAUCAAAUCUCUCGCCAGAGACCCGCAAGCUCCUAGAUUCGAAGAGCCGACAACGUCUAGAUGCUAUUGAUAUUGCCAGCCGUCUUAUGAGGCGCGAAAACUACCUCAUCGCCCUGUUUAACAAGGAGGUCCUUGACGUGACAGUGCCGAUACCAUUCCUGGGCAACAGAUACAUAUUUUCUGAGACCACGCGGUGGCACGUAGAGCUUGCCAUUUUGGAAUUUGUUUUUAGCGGUAAGAACGGACAGUUUAAUACCGAGUUUCUCAAAGAACGAAAUCGUCGAGAACUUGUUAAGAGACUGCGGACGCGACUGAUGUGGGUUGGGUUGAUCAGUGUUGUGUGCGCUCCGUUUGCCGUGGUCUUCGUUCUAGCAUCGUACCUGUUCAAGUAUUUCGCGGAAUAUCACAAAGACCCCGGCCAGCUAAGCAAUCGUGACUUCACACACUUUGCGCAGUGGAAGUUUCGUGAGUUUAACGAGCUGCCUCAUCUAUUCGAGCGCCGCCUCAAGAUGGCUCAACCCUACGCCAACAUGUACCUCGCGCAGUUCCCUAAAGACAAGACUGAACAGAUAUCUUCAUUCAUAGCAUUUGUUACGGGAGCUUUCGCUUUUGUGCUUGUGGCACUGACUCUUCUUGACUCGGAGCAGUUCCUUAACUUCGAGAUUACGCCAGGAAAGACAGCCAUUUUCUGGAUCGGCGUGUUUACGGCCAUAUACCGUUCAGCUCGAGGAAGCAGCCCCCAGGAGGAUCAGAUCUCCGACCCUGCAUUCUACUUGGGUCACGUCACCUACCACACACGCCAUGAGCCUGAGUCCUGGACCGACCGUCUGCACACUGACGAGGUUCGUGCUGAAUUUGCAAAGCUGUACCAACCCAAGGUCCUCAUUUUCGCGGAAGAGAUUCUGAGUAUGGUCAUCACCCCUUUCCUGCUCAUCUUCCGCCUACCCAGAUGCAGUGAGCGGAUCGUUGACUUUUUCCGCGAAUUCUCUAUUGUGGUAGAUGGCCUCGGUGUCACCUGCUCCUACUCCAUGUUCCCUUUCAACAAAGGCACCCAGAACCGCGCAAACAAUAUUCCUGCCUCUCAACCUGGCGGCACACGUGCAAACGACCCCGGCAACGACCCGCGCGAGGACUACUUCAUGGCGAAGGACAAUAAGAUGCUCGCGAGCUAUUACGGCUUCAUGGACACGUACGGUAAUCCGAGUGCGAGAGGCUACAACAACAGACUCCAAGGCCGCAGCACGUUCCAUCCCCCACCACAGUUCCCAAACACCUUUGGCAGCGCCAGCCAGACCGGCCAACUCGGAGACACUGGACAUGCGCGCGGCACUAGCAAGGGCCCUACUAGCCGCCAACCGCGGCAUCUCCAGCGUCGCGCACCGAAACUUGCGGCUCGAGAUGAGCCGAUGUCUUCCAUGCUGCUGGAUCCGCACCACCAACCCUCUGCUUCUGCGCUGAGGGGCUCACCGAGAGGUGCAUCGCAUGGGAGAUAUCAGCCCAGGCUGCAUGCCAUGGCGAGCCCGCCGGGACAUGCGGGGGCGAGAAUCGAGGAGGAAAGCACGAUCGGAGAUAGCUGGCGGACCAGCAGGCUAGCGCAGGAUGACGAGGAUGAGGAUGAGGCGCCUGGGGCGGGGCGGGGUGGUGUUUUGCAACUGUUGCAGCAGUUCUCGAAAGCUCAGGCUGAGGGUAGGGGUGCGGGGGUAGGCGUCUAA